AUGCACCAGGAGGCCUUGGCCCCAGCGCUGCGCAAGGCCAACGCGAAGUCGCGGUCGUUCCUGAUUCUGGAGGACAACGACCCAACGGGCUACAAGGCCAAGCUCAGCAAAGAGGCUAAGGCGAGGGAGAAGGUGAAGUGCAUUCCCUUCCCCAAGCGCAGCCCAGACCUCAACCCCCUUGACUACGGCUUCUGGCCCAUGAUCACUAAGCGCCUGCGGGGCCAGGAGGCGAAGUUCCCGCCGUCCAAGAGGGAGAGCAGGGCCGCCUUCACUCGGCGCCUGAAGCGCACCAUCAUGCGGGUCGCCUCGGCCACCCUUGAGCCACUGGUGAAGUCCAUGAAGCGGCGCUGCACCGCGUUGCUGGCCGCGAAGGGCGCGGACUUCGAGGAGUGA